UUGGCGUUCGCCCAGCUCCUUUUCUCCUGAUCCAAGCUUCGGUAGAAAGAUAUGGCGUUCCGUAGAUAGUAUUCUGUGGCAGAAUUCUCGCAGGCUCGUUGCUCGCUAGUGCCGUGCGUUCGUUUUUCUGGGGCGGGCAGUUGAAAGGCCGAAGUGGAUAAGAGUGUGCACGCAAACGCCAUUCCGAGCUUUCGAGUGAAUUAACUUUGAAACGUAGCCAUUCGUCGAUGCUUUGUCGGAUAAUGCUUGGUCAAGCUAUUCGUCUUAUCGUUUGACUGAAUCUGCAGCGUUCACUCUACUCGUUUUUCUGCGUAGAAAGCGAUGGGGCGAAUGGAUCCGCUGUUUCGUUUUGACGCGGAUGACGAUAACGAGGAUGGAGGGGUGGUGGCGGCGUGGGACUUCAAAGGCGCGGGGAAGACUCUGGAGGAGGAGUUUAAGGAGCGACAUACGACGUCGAUUGACACCAAGAUUGAGAUGAUCCGACGGCGGAGAGCGAUGGGUUUUGCGGAUGAGGGGAAGGGGCGGAAAGGAGUGGGAAGGACGAAAAGAGGGCGAAAAGUGGAGGAAGAGGAAGAUGAGGAGGAAGAGGAGGAGGAGGAAGAAGAGGAGGAGGAGGAGGAAGAGGAGGAGGAGGAAGAAGAGGAGGAGGAGGAGGAAGAGGAGGAGGAAGAAGAGGAGGAGGAAGAAGAGGAGGAAGAGGAGGAGGAUGAGGAGGAGAUUGAUGGUGAGGAGGAAGUUGAGGAGGAGGAGGAGGAGGAGUUAGAAGAGGAGGAGGAAGAGGAGGAAGAGGAAGAGGAGGAGGAGGAGGACGACGAAGAUGAUGAGGGUGGGAGCGAGGAGGAGGACGAAGAGGCAAGCCUCAGGCAUACAAAAGCGGAGAAACGUGACAAGGAAGUCCUUGCCAAGACGAACGACACCAAAGGCAAGAGCAAGGAUGAGAGGAGCAGGAGCGACAAGAGCAGCACCAGAAAAGAGGCAGGAGCAGGUGGGGAGGAAGGGGGGAAAGGGGCAGGCGGAGGGGUGUAUUUCGAGGGUGCGGAGGAGGCAGGGGCGCGGUUCUCAGCGGCGUCGUUCUCAGAGCUGCAGCUGUCGCGGCCGCUGCUGAGGGCGUGCGCUGCCUUGGGGUACGACAAGCCCACGCCCAUCCAGGCCGCGUGCGUUCCCUUGGCGAUGGCAGGGAGGGACAUCUGCGGCAGUGCCAUCACUGGCUCUGGCAAGACGGCAGCCUUCUCGCUGCCCAUCUUGGAGCGCCUUCUCUUUCGCCCCAAGCGGGUGGCGGCCACCCGAGUUCUCGUGCUCACCCCCACAAGAGAGCUGGCCGUGCAGGUCCACAGCAUGGUGGAGAAGCUAGCCCAGUUCACUGACAUCCGCUGCGGCCUCGUGGUCGGCGGACUGUCGAUCAAGAACCAGGAGGUGGCGCUGCGCUCAAGGCCUGACAUCGUUGUUGCCACUCCGGGCAGACUCGUUGACCACCUCCAGAACAGCCAGAGCGUGGACCUGAACGACCUUGCCAUCCUGGUGCUGGACGAGGCUGACAGGCUGCUGCAGCUGGGGUUCCAGGAAGAAGUGAUGGAGAUAGUCCGUGUGUGCCCCAAGCGUCGCCAAACCCUGCUCUUCUCAGCCACCAUGAGCACCGAGGUGCAGCAGUUGGCGAGCCUGUCUCUUAACCUGCCGGUUCGGCUGUCGGCCGAUGCCUCCAUGCAGCGACCGCGCACCCUGGAGGAAGAGGUGGUGCGGGUGCGAUCGUCUCAAGAGGCGGACAGGGAGGCCAUGCUGCUGGCUGUAUGCUCCAGGCUCGGCCAGGCUGCCAGUGCAGGCUCGGAAGGAGGCUCGGAAGGAGGCUCGGAGGGAGGGGAGGGGGGGAGGGGAAGUGGGGGAAGGGAAGGGAACAAGAGGAGCAUCGUAAAAGGGGGUGGUGGUGUGAUAGUAUUCAGCGGUCGCAAGAUCGAGGCGCAUCGGCUGAAGAUCUUAUUCGGCCUGCUUGGCUGGCGGGCAGCAGAGCUACACGGGAACCUUACCCAGGCUAUGAGACUGGAUGCAUUGGAAAAGUUCCGCACACACGACGUGGACUUCUUGAUUGCCACUGACGUGGCUGCAAGGGGUCUCGACAUAUCUGGCGUGCAAACAGUCAUCAACUACCACACGCCACGGGAAAUCACCAACUACGUCCACCGUGUGGGGCGGACGGCCCGAGCAGGGAAGCUAGGAUCAGCAGUGACGUUUGUUGGGGAGAAAGACAGGAAGCUGCUGAAAGCAAUGACCCGAAGGGCGGGCAGGAAGCUGAAGCAGCGGCAGAUAGCGCAGGCGGCGGUGGAGCGAUGGCAACAGCGCAUCGAGGGCAUGGAGAGGGACGUGGCUGCAGUGAUGAAGCAGGAGCGGGAGGAGCGGGUGCUGCGGAAAGCAGAGAUGGAAGCAGUGAAGGCUGAGAACAUGCUGACUCACAGGGAUGAGAUAUUCGCCAAGCCCAAGCGCACGUGGUUUCAGAGCAAGCGGGAGAAGGAGGCCGUGGCUGAGGCGGCUAAGGCUGCAGCAGACGCCGAGACAGAGGAGGGGGAGGGAGGCAGUGGGAAGAAGGGAGGGAAGGGAGGAGGGAAGGUGAUGUCAAUGGAGGAGGUUCAGGAGAAGAGGAGGAAGGAGAAGAUGAAGAAGCAGAGGGAGAAGAGCCUUCCUAGAAAGAAGCGCCGCAAGCUAGAGGCAGAGCGAGCAGCGCAAGAGGAGGAGGCGGAAGCUCAAGAGUUUGGGCUGGACGAACCCUCAUCCCCUUCCGCAAGCGGAUCUCGUAACGCCAAGCCUAAAAAGUCGAUAGCCGAUCUCGCCUAUCGCAAAGCCAAGGCGAUCAAGUCGGCCGAGCGGCUCCGGGCAGCUGGAAAGAUUGUCAGCCUGCCCAAGGCGGGCGGGCGGGCAGCUGCGAAGAAACCGAAGCAGCACACCCCGUCCCGAUCCCGAGAGAUGAAGGAUUUGUUUCAGGCAGAUGUGGCGAAGGGGAAGGGAGGGGGAGGGGCAGGGGGAGGGGCAGGGGGGGAAGCGAAGGGGAGGGGGAAGGCUGGCGGCUCAUUCAAGAGCAAGAAACGGUACAAGAGACGGUGAAGCGAGGGUGCUUUGUGAGAGCAACACGCGGCAGUGAGGGCGGGCUUGUGCAUUGACUAAAAAAGUGUAGCCUUUCUGUCCUUGUAGACGGCGUGAACUACUGUGUACAACCCAGUACAGUACAGUGCCUCUCUGGCUCACGCACAAGAACCAAGGUGCACCCAUGGACUUGUGAUCUACUCGUGCUGUUCGCAGUACCCAAUCUGGCCUCAGAAGUGUAUUAGAUCAUGCCAGAGCAUGCCACCAUGUACGUAGUUCAGGUGUGACGCAGUUCGCAACAGCAUUAUAUUUGUACCCAGAGCAUUUGCACCCAGAGCAGCAGCAAUAUUCCCCUCUAGCAACAGC